AUGGACCCUAGCUCUCUUACUUGGCACCUGUUCUGUCAAGCAACAAUCAGGUUCUGCUUCGCUAUUGCUCAGACUCGGGCAACCUAUGUUCUUGCAACCUCUUAUCGAACAUGGAUGACGAUUGUCAUUGGCCUCCUACUCCUGCUUUGGGUUGUGGGUGGAACUGUUCUCUGGCAGAGCCCAAGUCUAUCGCUGCUACCCGGCCUUGCUCAUCUUGUGUUUGGCCUUGUAAUGGCUAAUUACUACCUGGAAAAGAGGCGGGACUCCAACAAGACGAAGAAUUCAAGAACGGAUUUCUUUUGGCCUUUUGUUUUUCCGGCUGCUGCGGCAACAAUCUCGUUUUUCUUGGGCGUGCUUGCAUGGUUUAACAAGCCUGUUGACCAUCAGUUCGCCAUACUGUAUAUGUUGACGGUUUUCAUACUUGUACCGGCCAUGAUUCACGAGCACACCGCAGGGCUGAGUCGUGUUCCAAACUUGCAUAUUGUUGUGGCUUUCCAGUCACCUCUCGACCUAACCUGCCAGCGUUUCGGGCAGGAGGACCCGGAAAAGAGAUCUGGUUGA